CUGUUAUAUGUACUUGAACUUGUGUUGUGCAUCUUGGGUAAGUUUGAAUUAUGUUAGUAAUUAAUGCUUUACCUUCUAACUUAACAUGAGAUUCUUCAGAUGCAAAUAUUUGCUGUACCAUCUGCUCUUUUACAUUAAUUUCAAAGUUGUAAAGUUAAUACUUAUAUGGAGUACUAUAUUGUAUAUUUUAAUGCAUUUCUUUCUUUGGCAGAGUAAUGCACAAACGAUUGCUGAGUUUCUGGCGUCCCAUCCACGGGUGACGAAAGUUAACUAUGCAGGCCUUGUUGAUCAUCCUGGACAUGAUUUGCAUUUUUGUCUGGCUACAGGUGCAGGAUCUGUGUUGAGCUUCUUGACUGGCUCAAUUGCACUAUCAAAGCAUAUUGUCGAAAGUACCAAGUACUUCAACAUAGCAGUCAGUUUUGGUAUGCAUCCCUUUUGGCUUUUUUAUGUUGUUUCACAUAUGGUUGAGCAAAGGAACUAUGUUUUGUAAAUGUCUAAUCCCCAUGUGAUUAAAGGGUAUCGCACUUGUCUUAUUAUUCCAUCAAAACAAGUAUCGUUCCCUAAAUAAAAAAAUAAAAAAUAAAUAAAUAUGGUUGAGCAAA